AUGGAAGGGAAAGUACCACCAUUUGCAAAACCAAAUGCUUCAGAAGUUAAUAAGCGAUUAAGAUGCCAAGACAACAACAUUUACCUUAACAAUAGUAUUCGAAAUAAUGAACCUCCUGACAUUGAUCAAAAUCCAGAAUCACCUAAGAAAACAAAAAAAGGAGAAUGUAUUGAUGGUGGCCUAACAAUAGCUGAUCUGUAUCGCGAUUAUAAGAGAUUAAGAGAAUCCGAAAACAAAGAGGCUGCAACUUACGAUUCAUACUUUCGCAUAUUUAAUACGGAAUUCAAUAUUUCUUUUUUUGUGCCAAAAAAAGACCAAUGCGAUGUCUGUGAACAAUAUAAAAAUGCUGUUGGUAAGGAGAAAGAAAAACUAGAGGCUGACUACACAGAACAUUGCCGGCAGAAAGUACUUAGUCGAAUGGAAAAGAAGACUGAUAUAGAAAUAUGUAAGAAUACAGAUAGUAAUGAAAUAGUUGCAAUUUAUGAUCUUCAAACAGUCAUGCCAGUGCCAGUCGGCGAGUCCUCGUCUUUUUACUAG